AUGACGAAUCUCCUUGGAAUCUUUGAGAGCUUCGGUCCUACUGUCAAAGAUCUUCUGGGACCCAUCCUCCGCUACGGCCCUAAUCGCUACAGCAUCUGCGAGCCGUCGGCGGCAAAGAGCAUUUACGGCCACGGAACGCAGUUUGCGAAAUCUGCGUGGUAUUCUAGCUGGACUACACCUGGGUCGUGGUCACUGUUCCCAGAUCAGGACAUUAAAAGCCACGCCCACGGACGCAGCCUAUUCCAGUCGACAUACUCCAUGACGGCUCUCGUCAGCUACGAGGCAUUCGUCGACGAAUGCGGGGCCUUGAUAUGUCAGCGUCUACAAGAAAUUGCAGAAAACGGAGAAUCAGUAGAUAUGCGACACUGGUUCCAGUGCUAUGCCUUCGACGUCAUUGGUAUCAUUACCUUUGGCAACCGAUUUGGGUUCUUGGAUCGCGGUGAAGACGUUGGCUCCCUGAUCCAAGCUCUAGAUGGACAUUUGUUCUACGCUACACUCGUCGGAUUGCUGCCUUCGCUGCAUCCGUUGCUCUACAGAAUCCGGAACCUAUGGGCAGGGAGAAAGGGGACCGGCAGAGGGUAUAUCCUCAGCUUCACACUCGAGCAGAUAGCCGAUCACCGUGCCGGUGCAGAUGCCAAGUUUGAGAAAGAAACGACAGAAAAGAGAGAGGAAACUCGAACAGAGCCAUUCUUGUCCAAGUUUCUGGUCAAACACGCAGAGGACCCGGAAAAGUUCAGCCAUCAGCAGCACGUCGUCGCAGCAUGUGUCUCCAACGUUACCGCCGGUUCAGACACCACAGCCAUUUCAUUGUCUGCCAUCCUCUAUUACUUGAUCAAGAACCCGGACUGUCUACUAAGGCUGCGGGUAGAAAUUGACGAGUUUCAAUCACGGGGCCAGUUGUCGGGCUAUCCAAGCUUCAAGGAGACGCAGCAAAUGACCUACCUCCAGGCCACAAUCAAAGAAGCCCUCCGCAUGCAUCCGGCAACGGGUUUGCCUCUGGAACGCGUGGUACCUCGCGAUGGCAUAGAAAUUGCAGGCCAGUAUUUUCCCAAAGGCGCCAUUGUUGGUAUCAACACAUGGGUUGAGCACCGGAACUCGACGUACUUUGGACAGGAUGCCGACCAGUUCCGACCAGAGAGAUGGCUCAUAAAAGAUACAGAGGCGCUGAGCCACAUGAAUCAACACUGGAUACCGUUUGGCCUAGGGUCACGGACCUGCAUUGGCCGCCAUAUCUCCAUGCUUGAGAUCACAAAGGUGAUUCCUAGAAUUGUUCGCGACUUUGACUUUGAACUCGUUUCCUCGGAGGCGGGAAAGGAAGCAACGUGGAGCACGCAGAAUGUUUGGUUCGUCAAGCCAACAGAUUUCAUUGUGAGGGUGAAAGCACGGGCAAAGAUGUCAUGA